AUGGGGUUGGCACCACUUACCUUUGUGGAGAGAUUCUUAGCAAGAGGUUUGGAGUGGCCACAGUGUCUUCAAGGGGGCAGCAAUACCAGUCCAGCAGCACAGACCCCAAGAAAGGAGAGCCCCUUCCAGGGAUUCCACCCCCAGUCCUGGUUAAUUGAAUGGGUUAGCCCAGAAGGGCUGCCGCUGCUCACUGCUCCAUCCUUUGGAAACCAGUUGUAUCUUCACACGUCUCCAUGCCUUUUUAAAGAACAGCAGAAAAUGAACAAACGCCAGUUCCCUUCGUUACUGAGCAGAAAUGUGCUGUUCCAGGAGUCACUGUCAUUUGGAGAUGUGGCUGUGGACUUCUCCCAGGAGGAGUGGCAGCACCUAGACCCUGCUCAGAGGACCCUGUACAAGGAUGUGAUGCUGGAGAACUACCACAACUUUGUCUCAGUGGGGUAUCUCAUUAAAAAGCCAUCGGUGAUCUUAAAGUUGGAAGAAGGAAAGGAGCCAUGGAUGUUGGAGGAAGAAUCUCUAUACCAGAGCUACCCAGAAGACAGCAAAGCUUACCUAACAGAGAGAAUCCAGAAAAACCAAGACAAAUAUUUGCCACAAGUUUUAUUAAACAACAAAACAGUGACUUCAGAGAAAGUUUAUGCUUUAAGAAAAUCAUCUAAUAUGAGUACAAAGUUUAUUCCUUCAAGAAAAAUGCCCUGUAAACAAGACUUACAUGGAAUGAACUUGAAAAAUAUUUUAAUAUCAAUUGGUAGUAAGAGAAAUUCUUCAAGAAAAAAGCCUCCCAUGUUAAAUGUAUAUGAGAAACUACUUGAUAUUAAGCAGGAUAAACCUCAUACUCAAGAGAUUUCUCAUGAAAAUAAUCAAUAUGAGAAAGCCCUUGGUCAUAAGAAUGGUAUUAUUGAGCACGUAAAUAGUCAGUCUUCAGAGAAGACUUUAAAAUAUGAUGGUGGAAAGUCCUUAGGAAAAAAGAUCACAGUAAUUCCACACAGGCAAAUUGACACAGGAGAGAAAAUCUGUGAAUAUAAUGGACAUGGAGAAACCUGUGAGAGGGCAUCUCUCUUGAAAUGUCAUGGGGUCUCCUUCGAAAUAAAACAAUGCAAAGGCAAUCAGAUUGAAAAUAAUUUCAGCAGGAUGUCACAUUUCACUAAAGUUCAGAAAAAACAGAGACGUGAGUGUCUAUUCAAAUGUAGUGAAUGUGGGAAAACAUUCAACUACAAGUCAAACUUCACAGUGCAUCAGAGAACACACACAGGAGAAAAACCCCAUGAAUUUAACUCAUGUGGGAAAACAAGUCACAAAUCACCCCUCACAGACCAUCAGAUAACACAUACAGGGGAGAAACUUUAUAAAUGUAGUGAAUGUGGGAAGUCCUUUUGUAAGAAGUCAUCUCUCACUCGACAUGAGGGAACAUAUACAGGGGGGAAACCUCAUGAAUGUAAUGAAUGUGGAAAAACUUUCUGCAAGCAGUCAGCCUUCACUCAACAUCAGAGAACUCAUACAAGAGAGAAACACUUCCAAUGUAAUGAACUCAGGAAGACUUUCCGUCGCCAGUCAGACAUUAAGGUACAUCAGAGAAUUCACAAAGGAGAGAAGCGCUUCCAAUGUAAUGAAUGCGGCAAAACUUUCCAUUGGCAGUCAGACAUUAAGCUACAUCAGAGAAUUCACACAGGAGAGAAACCCUUUCAGUGUAGUAAAUGUGAUAAAACUUUCUAUCGGCAGGCAGAUGUUAAUGCACAUCAGAGAAUCCACACAGGAGAGAAACGCUUUCAAUGUAAUGAAUGCGGUAAAACUUUCUAUUGGCAGUCAGACGUUCAUGCACAUCAAAGAACUCACACAGGAGAGAAACCCUUUCAAUGUAAUGAAUGUGGUAAAUCUUUCCAUCGGCAGUCAGAUGUUAAUGUGCAUCAGAGAACUCACACAGGAGAGAAACGCUUUCAGUGUAAUGAAUGUGGUAAAACUUUCUAUCGGCAGUCAGACGUUAAUGCACAUCAGAGGAUUCACACAGGACAGAAACCCUUUCAAUGUAAUGAAUGUGGGAAAACUUUCUAUCGGCAGGCAGACGUUAAUGUGCAUCAGAGAACUCACACAGGAGAGAAACGCUUUCAAUGUAACGAAUGUGGUAAAACUUUCUAUCGGCAGUCAGAAGUUAAUGUUCAUCAGAGAACUCACACAGGAGAGAAGCCCUUUCAAUGUAAUGAGUGUGGGAAAACUUUCUAUCGGCAGUCAGAUGUUAACGCACAUCAGAGAAUUCACACAGGAGAGAAACCUUAUAAAUGUAAUGAAUGUGGGAAAUCCUUUUAUGAGAAGUCAUCCCUCACUCGACAUGAGAGAACUCACACGGGGGAAAAGCCCUAUGAAUGUAAUGAAUGUAGGAGAACCUUCUGCCAGAAGUCAGCCCUCACUCAACAUCAGAGAACUCACACAGGAGAUAGACCCUUUCAAUGUAAUGUAUGUGGUAAAACUUACCGUCAUCUGUCAGCCAUUAAUGUACAUCAGAGAACUCACACAGGAGAGAAACCCUUUCAGUGUCAUGAAUGUCAGAAAGCUUUUCUUACAAAGUCGACUCUUAUUAAUCAUCAGAGAACUCACACAGGGGAAAAGCCCUUUGAAUGUAAUGAAUGUGGGAAGAGUUUUCGUCAUAAAUCUACCCUCACUACCCAUCUGAGAAUUCACUCAGGAGAGAAACCUUAUAAAUGUUGUGAAUGUGGAAAAACUUUUGGCCGGAAAUCAGCGCUUACUCAUCAUCAAGGAAUUCACAUAGGGUAG